AUGGCAGAAACAGACUCAGACUAUCUCAAGGAGCAGGCUCUAGGAGUGCAUGAAGAGACAGUGACAGUGACUCAUGAGGGAGAACACCGUGACAGAGUUGCUGAUGGUGAUGGUGAUGUCUACCAGAGCGGCCUGGGGCCGGAGAGGGAGAAGAAGAUCAUACGCCGAAUCGAUGUCCGCUUACUUCCCAUUCUCGGCCUCAUGUAUUCCAUCUCCUUGGCCGAUCGGACCAACAUGGGCCUGGCCAUGGUGGCGGGCAUGUCAGAGGAUCUCGGCCUGGCCGAGGGGUCUCGCUACACCAUUCUGGUCAUGAUUUUUUUUGUGGCAUAUAUUGUGUUUGAAAUCCCCAGUAAUCUGGUGCUACCCAAAGCCGGAGCGGCGAACUGGCUUGCCUUCUUGGGGGCCUCGUUCGGCGCGGUCCUCAUCGGCAUGGGAUUCGUCAAAAACUGGGGCAUGAUGGCUCUGUGCAGAGCGCUGCUGGGAAUCACUGAAGCUGGUUUCUUGCCUGGCUGCACGUAUUUGAUUACGUGCUGGUAUCGCCGGUACGAAGUGGGAAAGCGGCUGUCGUUGUUCUGGAUCCUGUCGUGUCUGACCUCAGGCUUUGCUUCUAUCUUCGCCUACGUGCUCUCCCUGCUGCACGGCCGGGCGGGGCUGAAUGGAUGGUCGUGGAUCUUCAUCAUCGAAGGCAUCAUCACCAUGGCAGUCUGUGUUGGCGGAUGGUUCAUCAUCAUCGACUUCCCCACCAAAGCCGACAGAUUCCUAACGGCGGAAGAGAAGAGGUUCGUGAUCGAACGGAUCAACGCCGACCGCGGCGACGCCGAGGAGGACCCGAUCAACGUCGCCGUGAUCCUGCACCACCUGAAAGACUGGAAGCUGUAUUUCUGGGCCUUCAACCUCAUGGCCUCGACCCUCCCCGGCUACGCCUACUCGUACUUCCUGCCCAUCAUCCUGCGCGACGGCAUGGGCUUCAGCGCCACCGACAGCCAGCUGCUGAGCGCCCCGCCUUAUGUCCUGGCCGCCAUCGUCGCCUUCACCUCCGGCUGGCUGGGUGACAAGUACCGUAUCCGGGGGCCCAUCAUUGCCGUCCAUCAGCUGCUGACUGCUGCUGGGAUGCUCAUCACUGCAUUUGCCAAACCGAACGGGGCACGGUAUUUCGGUGCAUUUCUUGGCAUCGGCUUCCUCCAAUACUGCGUCCCCGGCGUCUUGACCUACCAGGCCAACAACAUCACUCGCCGAUCCAAGCGUUCCGUCGCAACUGCGACGUGCAUGAUGGGCGGUGGUCUGGGGGGGAUCAUUGCCGGCGUGGCGUUUAAAUCGUCCGAGAGUCCAAAGUAUACGACCGGCGUGUUCACCACCCUAGGAAUCAGUCUUACCAGUGUCGCCAUGAUCACAAUCAUGGACCUCUACUUCCUCAAGGUCAAUAGGGCCGCCAAAGCCGGGAAGCGGCUGAACGAGGGUCUGGCGAACUGGUACUAUACGUGCUGA